AUGCAUCCUCAUGUCGCGAGGUUGGCAAGAACGCCGACCCUUUUGCUUCAGUCUUUACCGCGGGCACGUUCCCUUUCUACCCUGACCUCGCUCCGUUUCUCGGACGAGGUUCGUUUGGCCCUCGACGCGAAGAGGCCCCUUGUCGCCCUGGAGAGUACCAUUAUCUCCCAUGGAAUGCCCUACCCUCAGAACUACGAGACUGCGAUCGAGGUUGAACAAGUAGUCCGAGACAAUGGCGCUGUUCCCGCUACAAUUGCUAUCAUUGACGGACAGAUAAACAUCGGACUCUCCCAGGAUCAGAUCCGUACUCUCUCCAAGUUGGGGAGAAUGGCUGUCAAAGCCUCGAGACGCGACUUGGCGGUAGUUAUGGCCAAGAAGCAAACGGGAGCCACUACAGUCUCUGCCACUAUGCUUCUUGCCCAUCGCGCUGGGAUUUCAGUCUUUGCUACAGGAGGCAUUGGAGGCGUCCACCGAGGCUAUGAGAACACCAUGGACGCCAGUGCCGAUCUGACUGAGCUGGGUCGCACUCCUGUCGCCGUCGUUUGUGCGGGAGUGAAAUCAAUUUUGGACAUUGGCAGAACGCUUGAGUUCCUAGAGACACAGGGUGUCACCGUGGCGACAUUUGGCAGCACUCUAGAUUUCCCUGCGUUCUUUACUCGUACCAGUGGCUUCAAAAGUAUGUUGAACAUCGAAACAUCGAAGGAAGCAGCCGAAAUAAUUGCUGCGAACCAUGCGAUGGAUCUUCAGAGUGGAAUCGUCAUCGGCGUACCUAUUCCAGAGUCUGAUGCUAUGGAUGAUGCCUUGGUGGGCGAAGCUAUCAACACAGCUAUCAAAGAAUCAAACGAGCAAAAGAUCUUUGGCAAGGAGAGCACCCCAUUCCUGCUUAAACGGGUCAAUGAGCUUACAGGGGGAAACUCUCUCAAGUCCAAUAUUUCUCUGGUGAAGCAGAACGCCUCUAUCGCUGCCAAGAUUGCAAAGGAUCUCUCUUCUCUGGUAUGCGUCUGUUGGAGAUACUAUCAGUCUCUUUUUAAUCAAGUAUUAUUUGGUCCGCUUACUCGAUCCAUUUGA